AUGAAGGAUCUUGGUGCUUUGAAGUACUUUCUUGGCAUCAAAGUGGCUCACGGACAUGAUGGUAUUUUUCUUUCUCAACGGAAAUACUGUCUUGAUAUUAUUGACGAAUGUGGCCUCUCCGGUGCUCAACCUACUGAUACUCCGUUAGAACAGAAUCAUACGUUAUUAUCGUCCAAGAGUAAACCGUUGUCGGCACCUGAUCAAUAUCGUCGUCUUGUUGGGCGACUCAUGUAUCUUACACAUACUCGGCCUGAGCUGAGUUAUGCGGUGAAUAUUUUAGCCCAGUUUAUGCAAACUCCGCUUAUGGAUCAUUGGGACUCUGCUCUUAAUGUGGUUCGAUAUUUGAAAUCAUCCCCAUGA